AUGGCGUCUCGGAGAGUCUUAUCAUCACUUCUCCGUUCAUCUUCCGCCAGAUCUGCCGCCAGAUUCACCACCCGAAACUCUCGACUCUCGUCCCCUUCCCCCGCACGAUGCGCUGCUCCAUUCGGUAACCUCCUAGGACGCGUGGCCGAGUAUUCAACCUCUUCACCCGCUGCUCCAUCGUCUCCUCCAGCUAAGGAUGAGGCCAAGAAGACUUAUGAUUACGGAGGUAAAGGCGCGAUCGGGAAGGUUUGUCAAGUCAUUGGUGCUAUUGUGGAUGUGAGAUUUGAAGAUCAGGAAGGUUUGCCUCCGAUCAUGACUUCUCUCGAGGUUCAGGAUCAUCCCACGAGAUUGGUGCUUGAGGUGUCACAUCACUUGGGUCAGAAUGUUGUGAGGACUAUUGCUAUGGAUGGUACUGAGGGGCUUGUUCGUGGGAGACGUGUUCUCAACACUGGUGCUCCAAUCACUGUGCCUGUUGGAAGAGCAACACUUGGACGUAUCAUGAAUGUUCUUGGAGAGCCUAUUGACGAAAGAGGCGAAAUUAAAACCGAACACUACCUACCUAUUCACAGAGAUGCGCCGGCUUUGGUUGAUCUAGCCACCGGGCAAGAGAUCCUUGCCACUGGAAUUAAGGUAGAUUAUUGUCUCGCGUUCUUUCAAUAUGUUAUAUGUUUGGUUGUCGUUAGUCUUCCAAGCUAA